AUGGGACUGAUUAGGCUGAAAACCGCCGAGGCAAGCGCGUGCAUUCAUCUUCAUGGCGCUACGCUGAUAUCCUGGGUUUUCAACGGCAAGGAGCGCAUAUUCGUCAGCGACAAGGCCAUCUUCGACAACAAGAAGGCUAUCAGAGGGGGGAUUCCCUUCGUUUUUCCCAAUUUCGGACCAUGGAGCCUGGGGCCUCAACACGGCUUCGCAAGAAUUUUCCAGAUGGACUGGCACGAGCAGCCGCAUGCGGUCGCAGAUGGUGGCUUCGCCGUGACCCUGGCACUUGAAGACACCGAGGAGACCAGAAAGAUGUGGAACUUCAAGUUCCUGGUGCUGUACACAGUCAUCCUCAGGAAGAAUAACUUGGUCCUCGACAUCAACGUGAUCAAUACAGGCGAUACUGAGUUUUCCUUCACCGUCCUUCUCCACACGUACCUGAGGCUGAACGAUGUGAACCAGUUCUCCUUAUCUGGCCUACGAGGUUCCCCUUAUGUCGACAAGGUGAAGCAGGGAGAGAAGGGCAUGGAAUGUGAAGACGAAGUGCACAUUAAGGGCGCCAUAGACAGGGUCUACAGCAGGACAAGUGACACCCACACUUGUAGCGUGGCGGGCAAGGCUUGGGUCAUCGUGAAGAAGACCAACAACUUCCCGGACACUGUUGUCUGGAACCCAUGGGCCAGUGGUGCCGCUUCCAUGGCCGACUUUGGCGACGACGAGUAUUUGCAGAUGGUCUGUGUCGAGCCUGGAUACGUGUCCGAGCCAAGGAAGCUGCCUCCAAAGCAGACCUUUGAGGCCUCAAUCACCAUGGAGGCAGUGGAGUAACUUCAUCUGCCGCAUGGACGUUCUGGUUCUAUUGUAUCGGAGAUGUGAUAACGCUCAUUUUUGAUAUUUCUUUAUGUUUCGAAGAUAUAUUUAAGAUUUCGGUACAAGCAUUAAAACAUUUUUCAUUAGA